AUGGCGUUUAUCAUAGGAGAUCUCAGCCUGCAGCUUGGUCGCCUCUGCACUGGUCUUCCUCACGGCUUUGAUGUUGAUGAUGGAAUUCGUGAUAUCCCUGAGAUCAACAAAGGCCUAGAUUUGAAUCUUCUAGAAGGAGACAUUUUAGAGACCAAAGAAAAGAGUGCUCUAUUAGGAGAUCAGUAUCGAUGGGAGUCUCCUGUCCCUUAUGUGCUAAACGAGGACCUUGAUAUCAAUGCCAAAGGUGUUAUUCUGAGGGCCUUUGAACAGUUCAGGUUGAAAUCAUGUAUCGAUUUCAAGCCGAGAGACAGCGAGGAAUACUACAUUUCAGUUGAAAAGAAGGAUGGGUGUUACUCCUAUGUAGGGAAAAGAUUUAAUAAUGGACAGAUACUCUCCAUCGGUGCUGGUUGUGGCACUGUUUCUGUUGUUGAGCAUGAGUUCCUUCACGCUCUAGGCUUCUACCAUGAACAGUCCAGAUAUGACAGAGAUGAUCAUGUUACAAUUGUCUGGGAAAAUAUUGAAACAGGAAGAGAACACAGUUUCAAUAAAUACAGUGAGCAUCAAAUCACUACCCAGGGUACUCCAUAUGACUACACUUCUGUGAUGCACUAUGGGAAAGAUUACUUCACGAAUGGAAAUGGACCCACCAUUAUCACAAAGUUUCCUGAGUUCCAAGAUGUGAUUGGUCAGCGACUGGACAUGAGUUUCUAUGAUGUGGUAGAACUCAAUAAGCUUUAUAAGUGCAACGCAUCCACCUCAUUCCUUGACCACUGUAGUUUUGAUAAUGAGAGUCUGUGUGAGAUGAGUGUCUGUUCUCACUCUAGCCUUGGGUGGGAAAGAGUGACUAAUGUUGCUGGAGGUCCCCACUCUGACCACACUUACCUAGGGAGUGAAUCUCAAGGGGCAGUUAAAAAGCAACCAGUAAAUGUGAACGUCUUUUUUCUGUGUUUUUUGUCAUCAGUUGGAUUCUUCAUGCACUUAAGCACAGUAAAUGGUCAGAAAGGUGACAGAGCAAAACUUGAUACCAGGGCAAUGACUCCAAGCAGAGACUGUAAAGUUCAGUGUCUGCAGUUCUUCCAUUACCACAGUGGAAGUGAAUCUGACCAGCUCAACAUCUGGAUCAGAGAGUUUGACAAUGAGGCUGACCCGAAUGGAACACGCAGACUCAUGGGCCAGAUCACAGGUCCCCCAGCCAAUUACUGGCAGCUACAUAAUGUACCCCUUAAUGCUACGAAAAGGUUCCAGGUGGAAUUUGAAUCACGUAAAGGAGCAGGAAGUUCCACUGGUGGCUUUUCUGUGGAUGAUAUUAACCUGUCAGAGACUGAGUGUCCACACAUUUGGCAGAUAAGAAACUUUGAGGAGCUUUUGACUUCAAGUUCUCCUGGCACUUAUAUCUAUAGCCCAAGGUAUUAUUCUCCUGAAGGCUAUGGCUAUCAGGUAUUUUUAGUGCUCCAGCGAGAGUACUUUUCCAUCUAUGUACGUCUGGUGUCUGGGGACUAUGAUGAUCAGCUGCAGUGGCCUUGUCCAUGGAGACAAGUGACCUUCUUACUGCUUGACCAGAAUCCUCACAUCCAGCAACGCAUGUCACAUCAGAGGAGCCUGACAACGGACCCAACUUAUAUUAGUGGUGGUGUGUUUUAUUGGGACAACCCACGGAAAGUUGGAACUCCGAUUGUCAUGAACAAUGAAACAGUGUAUGUAAACGGCGGAUUGGGUUACCGAUAUUUUAUGUAUCAGAAGGACCUCAGUAACAGAGCAUUUGUUAAGGGUGGUGACAUCUUCCUCCUCCUCAGUAUGCAGGACAUUUCCGGAUUACUGCAGAAGGAUACUGUGCCCUGUCCCUCUGUGCCUGAGCAGAACUUCAUGGGUUCUCCAGAAGACCAAGCUGAUGAGGGUCCAUGUGUAGAAAGGAUAAAGUAA